AGGAAUUCCUCGAAUGGCCCUGCGCGGCAAAUGGGCGACGCGCCCGUUCCCGCACGCCAGAUCGUCCGGUUGAAAGCGGAUAAAGUCGGCAGAGUGGAGCGAGGAGCCGCUGGCCCCUUGCCGCCCACGACGCGCAAUGUCAUUUUGAAAUUGUGGUUGACAGCGUCAGCGCUCCGCCAUGGCGACCCCCGUCUACCCGCAGCUCAAGCUCACGUACUUUGAAAUGCCAGGCCGCGCUCACGUGUCCCGGCUAGCCCUCGUCGUCGCCGGCAUCCCGUUCGAAGAUGAACGCAUUUCGCCAGAAGCUUGGCCCGCGCUGAAGCCGACGCUACCGUACCAGCAAAUGCCCGUCUUGACCGUGGAUGGCCAAGUGUUUGCUCAAGCGCACGCGAUCGAACGCUACGUGGGCAGCUUGUCGGGACUGUACCCGACGUCGAACCGGUUGCAUGCGCUCGUGGUGGAUGAAAUCGUCGACUUUCUCGAUGACAUCACCAAGCUCCUCAUGCCGAGUUUCGUCGAACAAGACCCGGACAAGAAGAAGGCGCUGCGCGAAGAGCUUGCAGCGACCAGCCUCCCACGCAUGUUUGGCCUUCUCGAGGCACGCUUGGUGGGGUUGCCGUCGAAAGGGCCGUGGGUUCUCGGGUCGAUCUCGAUCGCCGACCUUGCCAUCCAUGGCCUCAUGCUCAUGAUGACGUCGGGAUUCCUCGACCACAUUCCCCAGGAUUUGUGCGACCCGUACACGCGCACCAUGGACGUGUUUCGCGCCGUCCAGACUCACCCGAAAGUCGUCGAAUGGUUUGCCAAGUUUGAUUAGUGGGCUGUGUGUUGAGAGUCCCCUUUAUUCAUGAUCUUGAAUAUGAAGCACGGCAUGCACUGGGCCCAUGUACAUGUGACGCCUGUGGACCGCCAUGCGCCAAGCAG